AUGAGCAUACCAACAUAUUCAAACCCCUGCCUGGCCCCAGCAUCAAACACAUCCAUCUAUCUCAUCGGUGUCUCUGACACAAUCCAAGGCCGCCUAGAAGUCAACACCAUCGAUCUUUCCAACAUCUCCUCCCCAAGACUCACCUCCACUAUCAUCAACUUCAACCCCUACCAAUGGUCCAACACUGCCCCCAAACUCUGUUCACAUUUCCCCGGUUACCAAGCACCCAAAAACGCCUUCGAUACACAAGGGGCAAUACAUAUUCAACAGUUCGGGAUGGGGUGGACGAACGAUGCGAAUGUGUACCCAGCCAAUGGCAGGUUUGAUCCUCCGAGUGGUUUCAACUUACAAGUGUACCCUAACUCCAGACCCUUCCUCGCUGUUGGGGCCUACACCAGUGCAGCAAAGGCACCUGCUCACGGAAACGCGAUCGUGUUCGACACUGCUCAGUCAGGAACAAUCUACACCACAACGGGGUACGACACUCCCGAUACCCAAGUAAAAGGACGUACCCUCAUCCUCUCUGCCCCCCAACUCGUCUCCAUGAAGAAUGUCGUCCUCUCGAACGACGCAAUCCCCAUCACUUCAAGCUCCGGCGCCUAUAUCCUGGACAAGGCCCCCGACAGCACAACGGCGAUCUACUACAUCAAUCCUAGCCAGUCAGCAGUACUCCAGCAAGUCGUCGUGUCCGGGCAAGCACCGGCAUUCAUCACAUCCAUGGUCGCCACAGUGACAUCAACCCAGAUUGUCCUCUACUCCCUCCAAACUGGCGGACCGAAGUUCAGUGUCUUUGACUUGGCCGCCAAGACUUGGACUAGCUCGAAUAUCAUAACUCCUACUGGUGGCGGUUCUCUUACUCCAGGCGACGGUGAGUUUGACGCGUCCGCAAGCAAGGCACCCCUUGGCGCCAUUGUUGGUGGCGUCGUCGGUGGACUGGUCUUACUUGCGCUGGCUAUCUUUCUGGUCAUCCGUCAUCGCCACCACCGAGUCUCAUUGUCGUCACCAUCAUCAACACACUCUGAAGAAGGCAAUGGCAAGACCGAGUUCUCGUCUUCUUCACCCUCCCCCAACACUUCUACAGAUCAGGAAUUUAAUAAGGUCGCCAUCACGAUCGGCACUCCACACACCCUUCUGCCUCCACCUAGUGUCAAGUACCCUCUUCCUCCUCGUACAGUCACCUACCCCGUCCUACCCAGAAACAGCACCCCUCGCGACCCCCAGUUGUCCUCAACAGACACUUAUUACCCACCUCCUUCACCGUCCUCCCAAAACUCGACCUUGCGACGGAAUCUACAGUCUCCCAUGCGGCAAUCCCUGGGGUUUGAUUUUAUACCCAAGACGCCUCCAGGUCCAGAACUCCACUACCCGGAAAACGACGACAACAUCACCAUCGCCAACAGCAGUGGAUACCAUGACGCCAACAGCAACAACACGGAAGUGUUCAGCAGUUUUAGUGAUGCCAGUGGAGACAUUUCGAGCCCUGUCACCGUUGUAACAUCGCGAGAGUUGAACAGCGAUGACUACUCCUACAAAAAUCAGCGAUCCUUCACCCCAUCUUCGCCUCCAGUGUCCUCGUCCGAGAUAUCAUACCACCACCAACAGCACCAACAGUGCACGCCAGUGGGGACACCACAAUUGCACCACCGCAGCCAACAACGCCUCCAAUCACCUGAGCUCACGUACUCGUCGCCUCUCGUUUCGGCUGCGACGGAUGCCUACUCGGAUUUCAGCGGAGAUAGCCUCGGAGUUGACCAGACAUUCAUCGUCCCUCCUUUAGCAACACCCGGCUCAAGACCCCCCUCUUCUCAAGGCCAUUAG